UGAAGCUGGCAGGGGGCAUGAAAGGAGGCGCCAGGGAAGAAGAUUAAGAUACUAUCAGAGUUAAGGGCAGAGCCCAGGGUAGCCCAGAUGUUCCCGGAAGGAAGUGCAAGCACAGGAGAGCAGUGAGAGUGUGUGCACAGGGUGUGUGCCCAUGGGCCCCGCAGACGUGGCAGCUCCGGGUAGGGGCUGAGCUAGGGCGGCCAGCCCUCCUUUACCCAGCUGGCUGCCAGUCCCAAGGGAGCCCUGUGCCAGCCCGGACAAUGCACCAGGCUGGCCACUACUCCUGGCCUUCUCCAGCUGUGAACAGUUCAUCAGGGCAGGAGUCCCAGAGGCAGCUACCGGAGGUGCUUGGUGGCAUCUGGGAACAACCUCGAGGUGACGGGCUGCCCAUGGUCACCAUCAUGGUUGCUGUCUUUGUUCUGCUAGCCGUCUGCAUCAUAGUGGCAGUCCAUUUUGGGCCAAGGCUGCACCAGGGUCAUGCCACUCUCCCUACAGAGCCACUGACCCCAAAGCCAGACGGUGGCAUCUACCUCAUCCACUGGCGGGUGCUGGGCCCCCAAGACAGUCCUGAAGAAGCACCGUGGGGCCCUCUUGUCCCUGGCUCCUGCUCUGCACCAGAUGGACCCAGGCCCAGCAUCGAUGAAGUCACUUAUCUGUAGGAGGGAGACUUUGGAAAGUUAAUCUGACCUAGCUCAGAACAAGAAACCAGGCAGAGAACUAGGGCAAAAGCAAAUUGGAGACUGGGCAUCAGAGCGUCGGAAGGGCACACUGGACUCAGCUGGAGCUGCUCUCUCAGAACAUUUAUAGAGAAAGCCCUGUGGUGGGCAGGAGAAAUCAAAGCUUGAGGGCCCUGCCCAGAAACAUGCUGCUGGUGGCCUCCCCAGGGCCCAAGGUCACCUCACAAAGUCCCUCCUUCCUCUUCAGGGACCACCAGACCCCUGAAUCUCCUUUUCUGAGUCUCUGCCCCUUCAGUGCACCUCUGAUCUCCUUCCCUUGUAAUGUGAAUCCAACUCAGGAGAUUCCACCACCUCCCCCAAGCAGGAAUGUCAGAGGCCCUGUGGAGCAGCCCUCAUCCUACAAAGGCCAGCCAGGGAGAGCCCAGGCAGAGAAGCUGGUGUCUGCCUUCCCUGAGACUCACUGGGCUCAAGGAAAUGACGAACGUCUAUUCUCCUUGGUCAGUCAGGGGCAGUCCUUCGGCUGUUAGGGCCCAGACCUUGUUGACAAGCUCCAAAGUCCUUGUAAGCCCAAGCACAAUUUAUAGUUCAAACAUUGGCUUUCAGAGGCCCCCACUGACUCUGUCUUGCCUCCCCAGAAGGGAUAGGGGGGAUUUGGGAGGCUCUCAUGGCCUCCCACUUUCUGUGUGCCUGGGCCUGUUGGAAUAAGCCUAGAAUGUACCAUAGGACAUUUCCCAGAUCUUUCCAGCUGAUGAGAAAACAGGAAAGGAAAAGGAG